AUGAACUCGUGGGACGCGGGCUUGGUGGCGCUGCUGGUGGGCACAAUGGCUGUGUCGCUGCUGUCCAACGCCCUGGUGCUGCUGUGCCUGCUGCACAGCGCAGACAUCCGCCGCCAGGCGCCCGCGCUCUUCACCCUCAACCUCACGUGCAGCAACCUCCUGUGCACCGUGGUCAACAUGCCGCUCACGCUGGCCGGCGUGGUGGCGCAGCGGCAGCCGGCCGGUGACCGCCUGUGCCGCCUGGCCGCCUUCCUAGACACCUUCCUGGCCGCCAACUCCAUGCUCAGCAUGGCCGCGCUCAGCAUCGACCGCUGGGUGGCCGUGGUCUUCCCGCUCAGCUACCGGGCCAAGAUGCGCCUCCGGGACGCCGCGCUCAUGGUGGCCUACAUGUGGCUGCACGCGCUGGUCUUCCCGGCCGCGGCGCUCGCGCUGUCCUGGCUGGGUUUCCACCAGCUCUACGCGUCCUGCACGCUCUGCAGCCGGCGGCCGGAUGAGCGCCUGCGCUUCGCUGUCUUCACCGGCGCCUUCCACGCGCUCAGCUUCCUGCUCUCCUUCACCGUGCUCUGCUGCACAUACCUCAAGGUGCUCAAGGUGGCCCGCUUCCACUGCAAGCGCAUCGACGUGAUCACCAUGCAGACGCUGGUCCUGCUGGUGGACAUCCACCCCAGUGUGCGGGAGCGCUGUCUGGAGGAGCAGAAGCGCCGAAGGCAGCGGGCCACCCGCAAGAUCAGCACCUUCAUUGGGACCUUUCUCGUGUGCUUCGCGCCCUAUGUCAUCACCAGGCUGGUGGAGCUGUCCCCCACAGUGACCAUUGGACCUCACUGGGGAGUGCUGUCCAAGUGCUUGGCCUACAGCAAGGCCGCCUCCGACCCCUUUGUGUACUCGCUAUUGCGUCACCAAUACCGCAAAUGCUGCAAGGAGAUUCUCAACAGGGUCCUUAAGAGACGCUCCAUCAGGUCCUCGGGCCUCACAGGUGACUCCCACAGCCAGAACAUCCUGCCGGUCUCCGAGUGA